AUGGAUAACGCAGAUUUAGAAAAUUUAAUUGAUGAUUUAGUACUUAAUCAAAAUUUUCUUAAUUAUUAUGAAUUAAAAUCAUAUCUCCAAAAACAUAAUAAAAAUAUAACGGGUGAUGAUAUGGAUUAUUAUUAUUCAUAUUAUAAAAAUGAAAUUUUGAAAUAUCAUGAUAAAAUAAUUUCUAAAAUUAAAGACAAAAUUAAAAAUAAUGAAUAUACAAAGGGAAAAACUAAAUCACAACUUAAACAGUUGAAAGAUUUCAAAAAUAAAGUAUUAACAGAAGAAGAUAUUGAUGAAUUAUAUAAAUUAUAUAAUCCUGAGCCGCAAAAGCCAAAAAAACAAAAGCCAAAGAAGAAAAAGCCGAAAACAACACCAAAAGAGAAAGUAGCAAAUGUUCAACAGCUAAAGGUGCAAAACGCCCAGGUCCUUCAGACCAUAAAUGAUGCACAAGCUUUAAUUUAUGAUUCAUUAGUUAAACCAUAUUCAGCCCGACUUUUAAAUGAAGAUCAACUUUUGGAAUUCAUCCUUCAACAUAAACUCGAAGUGGGAAAGUAUAUCAAACCUUUAUAUACAGCAUAUUUAAAACAAAUGAAUAGAAUACAUCCAGAAUUAAUGAAAGGAAAAUCAACAACAAAAACUUCAUCAUCCAAAAUCAAAGCAGAUAAAAUUAAACCACUUGCAAAACCAAAACCUCCAACGGUAGUACCUCCUCCUCCUUCAGU